UACAGAGUGAAAUUUUGCCUAUCGUUGUCAAAUAUGAGAUUUUAUUAAUAUUUUACUUUAAAGAAUUUUCAGAGUAUAUUAUUAUUAUGUCUUCAAAAAUUAAAAACUAAAUGUAGAUAAAUUAAUAGGACAUUUUUGGAAUUGUUAAUCGUCUAAUAUCUGGAAAAGAAUUCCCUUGUUCCGUAAUUAACAAUAAAAAAAUCACUCUGUAUAGAACGUUUGUUUGAACGAUAUGAUAAGUUAAAAAUUCUGGGACCGUUUUAUCUACGUUGAUAAGAACAUAAAACAUACACAAUAAUCUGUUGUAAUUCUUUGAUUUUGUAUGCGUUUAUAAUGUUAAGUAAACCAAAUUCUUGAAUAUUUGUAUUUAAUUUGCCUAUUAAUGUGUGUAUCUUGAGAUAGUAAAGAUUUUCGUCACUUAGUAAGUGUGGUUCAGUAUUGGUUUUUAUCAAAAUUCAAUCAUAUUUGUGAAUACUGUGAGAUUGAAAAAUGGCAGCUCAAAUCAAACCUGGGCCAAGCUCAAGCAACGAUAAAUUCAAUUCAAACCGCAAGCCUGUAUUACUGGCUAAACUUGAAGGAUGCAGUGACAAUGUAAACAAAGCCAUCAUUAUUCCUGAGACCGAUGGUGUCAUUAGUGUUUCAAGCGAUCGAUCUGUUAGAGUAUGGUUAAAAAGAGAUUCAGGUCAAUAUUGGCCAAGUAUAUGCAAUUACUUGCCUUCUCCUGCUGUUGAUUUAUUUUAUCGACCAAUAUCUAGACAAUUAUUUGUUGGACAAGAAAAUGGAACCAUAUCAGAAUAUAUUUUAGAAGAGGAUUUCAAUCGUAUGGAGCCCAUAGGUGAUAUUUUAGCUCAUUAUGGCCGUAUAACUGGGAUGAUCUGGACUGAGGUAUCCAUAGAUGGUACAGUGGAACAAUGGAUUUUAAGUACAUCUCGUGAUAAAAGAUUUCAAUAUCAUAAUGCUAAAAAUGGCAAUCCAAUUGGUCCUCCUUUUGUGUGUGCUGCGUGGUGUACAUCUCUGGAAUAUGAUGCUGAAUCAGCUCAUGCAUUUGUUGGAGAUUACUCUGGAAAUAUUACAAUGCUGAACAUAAAAGCUGAUGGGUUACAAGUUGUAACUACAUUGACUGGCCAUACUGCAUGUAUUGAGAUGCUCACUUGGGAUUCAUCUACAAGGCGUUUGUUCUCAGCUGGACAUGAUCGUUUGAUUAUAAUUUGGGAUAUUGGUGGAGGUCAUGGCACAGCUUAUGAACUUCAUGGUCAUACUAAUCGAGUAACAUCCUUGGCAUUUGUAUCGCCUAAAAACCAAUUAAUAUCUGCAGGCGAAGAUUCUGUCUUGGUAUUUUGGGAUUUAAAUGCAGAAAGAAAAGAAACACCUCCUUGGGCUGAAUCAGAUAAUUGUGAAUCUUGUAGCCGUCCAUUUUUAUGGAACAUCACUGGAAUAUUUGAACGCAAACAAUUUGGAUCAAGGCAACAUCAUUGUAGGGCAUGUGGCCGUGCUCUUUGUGAUAAAUGUAGCCAAGAACAAUCUACCAUACCAUCCAUGGGAUUUGAGCUUCCAGUAAGAGUCUGUAAAUUCUGCAGCAGUAAUAUAGAUCAUACACCGCUUGCAACAUUCCAUGAUACUAAGCACAGCGUUAUGUCAAUUACAAUGGAUUUACAACGAAAAUGUGUCGUGACAGUUGGUCAAGACAGAGUUAUAAAAAUUUGGGAUGUUUCAACACUAAUAUAAACUAUCAUUUGAAAUUUAUAUAUUUAACCAUUGAAUUAUUGAAGUUUUUUCUGUACCUAAACAUAAAAAAUGAGCCUAUAUCUAUGCAUUUAUCACUAUGAAAAUAAUAUAGUUUAAAAUUUAAAAAACAUUUAUCUAAUCGAUGAUAAUGUAAUUUAUUUAUAAUACAUUAUAAAAACAAACACAUACUCAUAUCUAUAAUAUAUAUAUAUACAUUAUUAAAACCCUAUGAUUUUAAUCAACUAAAUUGUACCUACUAUUAUUAUACAGUAUGUUAGGUAUUUUAUAUUAUUAUAAGUAAAAAGUAAAUUUAACUAUACAAAUUAUUUAAAACCUGUUUUCCAUUUAUUAUUACCUAUUAUUUACUUGGGUGUGGCAAGCAUAGGAUUUAACUGACUUAACAGACCUAACUUUAAAGUAUUAGAUAAGGUUGGUUCAGCCAUCAAAUAUAAAACCUAGAGUAUUUUUUUGCAAAUAAGUGUAUUGUAUUUGAAAACAUAGCUGCAUUUUUAACAAACUAUUAGUUGAUAUAUUUAUCAAAAAUAUGAUAUUAAUAAUAAAUUUGUUUAGUACAUUAUGAAAUAACUAGUUUUUGUGUACAUAUACAAUUUAGGGUUAUAAUUAAUGUUUUUUCUACUAUAAUUUUGUACUCAACUAACUUUAGCUACAAUUGUGUUAAUUGACUGAGUUUUAUAUUGGUCUAAUGAGUAAUGAGAGCCCAAACAUUUUUACCGCAACUUAUCUGAAACUGCUCACGCCUAUGUAGUUAGAGACGUACAGUAAAAUCUAUUAAACUUGUAAAACAGAGUAUAAUCUUGAAUGUUUUAAAAAAUAUUUGUAUGAUUUUCACAAAUAAACUAAUACAUUUACUGUAGUGUGUGUUGUGUCUCUUAUCUGUUAAAGGGGUUGUAUAACAUUUUUGAAUAAAAUAUUUGUAUGCUUUUUUA